AUGCGGAAAGAUAUUAACGAUGGAAGCACGUCUUGGCCGUUAGUCUUUUCGGCACAGAAAGUCAGCGUCGAGUGUGGAUAUAUGCUUCUCAUGACCGAACCCGACCCGUACUUUGCACGAUCGAAAAGAAUCAGUGACGUCACAAUUUUCCUCUUUUGA